AUGGCUGAAAAGCACACAUCAGGAGAUAGGAAUGGCUUGGAUCCUAAGGUUUACACAGCCACAAAUUCUACUGAAGAAGAGCAAGAAGACCAAAACCUGUGGCCCAGACCUCUGUCUCAAAAAUGGACCCUGACGCUGUUUAUGGGCACCUGCCUCCUCUACUGUGCCAGGAUGGCAAUGCCAAUCUGUGCAGUGUCAAUGGCAACCUCUUUUCACUGGAGCAAGAUCGAUUCUGGCCUGGUUCUGGGUGGUUUCUUCUGGGGUUACUGUUUGACACAGAUCCUGGGAGGACACACCAGUGACAAAGUGGGAGGAGAGCGUGUCCUGUUCAUAUCUGCGGCCUCGUGGGCUCUGAUCACAGCUGGCACUCCUCUUCUGGCCCAGCUAGGCUCUCACACCCUCGCUCUCAUGACUAUGGCCAGGUUCCUUAUGGGACUACUGCAGGGCAUUUUUUUCCCGUCUUUGGCCAGCCUUUGCUCACAGCGUGUAGUGGAAGAACAGAGAGGGUUUAUAAUGAGCACCAUGCACAGUGGUAGCUAUCUUGGAACAUUGUUAGCUGGUGGGAUGGGGUCCCUGAUGCUGGACCUGUACGGCUGGGAAAGCAUGUUCUACAGUAUUGGUAUCUUGUCCGGACUCUGGGCACUCUUUGUUUGGCUGUUUUUCUUAAAAGGUACAGUAACUACACCACGGAAAGAAACAAACAAAGACUCACAAUGGAGUUUGUCAAGAACACGCUGGCAGAGUCUUUUGAAGAAGCCACCUAUCUGGGCCAUGGUGUUUGCUCACAUGUGCAUAUGCAGCACAAACUACACUUUAUUGUCAUGGUUGCCAACAUACUUUAAAGAAUCAUUUCCACAUGCCAAGGAAUGUGUAUAUAAUGUAACUCCAUGGCUAGUUGCAAUUCCAUCAGCAUUUGGUGGAGGAUAUGUUUCAGAUUUUCUUAUCAGACAAGGAUAUCGUGUAGCAUCCGUUAGAAAGAUAAUGCAGGUAAGUGUCUUAUUCUUAUUUAGUAUUUUUAUUAUGCCUCUGUCUGGAGCGGUCACAUUUACUUCUGCCGUGAUUUGCGUCUCUGCUACCAUCGGUUUGUCAACCUUCACCAGCAGUGGAGUGUCUGUGAAUGUCCAGGAUCUCACCCCAUCAUGUGCCGGUGCCAUCUAUGGUUUCAUGAAUAUGUUGGGUGCUUUUAUGGGACUGGUGUUGGUCUCCGUGUCAGGUUACCUGAUUGAGGUCACGCUGUCGUGGGCCACGGUGUUCUCCCUCAUCACUUUAGUAAAUGCCACCGGCCUUGGGAUUUUCGUCAUCUUUGGAGAUGUUCGUCGGGUUGACCAGGACGAUAACAGCCAGCCAAUAAUUGUGAUUUGACCCAGACAUUUUGUUGCAAAUACCAGUCUGUAUCUGAUUUGUGAGACUGGACAUUGCAUGUAAAU